AUGUCGCGAUCGGGCUGUAAGACGAGCUAUGGCGAGGUCCCCGUGCACCCUGAUCAAGACGAAGGUCCCUUAGAAGAGUAUUUCUAUACUAAUCGUAUACAUGAUGAUGUGAAUGCCGUGGGUGAGGAGGAUGCAUCAUCAGUCCGGCAGCUCUUACGGCAGUGGCGAGCUUAUAACGUGGAGCAGCAGCUUCUGAACAACUGCCGCGCCUUGUGGGACCGGUACACCCAAAAGAACCGGCGGGACGUUGAGGAGGCCGUCGAGAUGCUCAAGUGCCUCGCCCAGCUCGGAGCUCUCACGGCGGGCUUUGCCGUUAGCGCCUUUUACGACUUCCAGUACACGGCCUCCUCAGACAAUCCCGUGCUUCCUUUCUUCGGCCUUGCAACCGCCUUGACGGUGGGCUUCCAGCUCAACAGCUGUGUCAUGUGCACCCUGCUGCUGAGCAGCGUCGUCAAGAUUGGCAAGAGCUACCUGACGGACGAGGAGGAGGCCGAGUACCUGUGGCGGCUGCGGGGCUGGGCGGCAGCGCGAAUUGAGAUCUCAAACACUCACUCACGCCGCCCCAUCUCCACAUCAUCCACAUCCCACUGCCACUCCGGCCAGGCAAGGGUAGUGGCACUCCGCCCACAAGACGUCUUGUUGUAUGUGUUUGGAUGGACCGCGUACCGGUACCGGCGGCACUGGGACACCCGUUGCGAGCGGCUUUGGAGAACCGCCCUGGGGCUCUUCCUGUCGGGCAUCCCCACCUUCUUCGCAGUGAUGGGUCUGGCUGGAUACCUCAAGUUCUUCACCUCCCCCUCCACCGUCAUCAUUACGGGGUUGCUCAUGGCGGCGGCCUUCGUGUACACGGUGACUCUCAGCGCGGACUGGGCCAAAGCGCUUCUGGGGGGCGGUAUCACCUCCACCGCCCGGGGGCCAACACCGGACCACUGGCAGGCCGGAGGCUGGUGGCAUUACACGGAACCACCAUCGUCUACCUCCGGCUCCUCCCCCUUCGGCUUCCAUUCCCCGCCCGAUAAGGACAGCAUGUGGCCACCGCCGCUGACAGAUGCACCUCGGCCGUUCGGCCGUACUCUGGAGGAGCUGCCGUAUCCAGCCAUCGUUGGAUUACAACCCUGGCCGGGGCCGGCGCUUACUCGUGACCUAGUGGGGCGGGGUGAGGGUGCGGGGGUUCCUGAUGGACAGGAGCCCCCGGUACCAGCAUCCAGCUCAGGGGCCGGGCUGGUUCAGGUGGGACAAGUCGGAACCCGUGCAGGGCCCGGAGCUGAACAGGGGGCUUCGGAGAGGUCCCACGAUGGUGUUGGGAAUGGGGAAAUCAGUGAUGGAAGUACGUAAUGAUAGCAGUGGUGGCAAUUUGGUGGCUGAUGCAGCCCUGGGAGGUGUGGGGGAAACCCGUCGCCUCAACGCCUCCACCCUAAAAAUAGUCCAUAAAUAGGCGCCAUACGCAGGUCAUCAGUAGACGAUCCAUAAACGAAGCUUGAGUCGCAACACUGGGAAGCCGUAAAGGUUGCAAGUUGUACGGCCCGUACUCAACAGGAAUGGCAGGCAAGCGGGUGGGCAGCGUGUGGUAAGGUGGCGGCAAGCGGCACGCAAACGUGCACGUUUUACGACCCCCUUCUAGACUUGAGCCAUGUGCACCGCUUAUGCCGUGAGGGGUAUGCAAGGGGCUGGCAGGGUUAUUCAGGGUGUUUUGAAUGUCCUUGUGGAAUUUUCCGUUCAUAGCUCUAGUUUCAGCCAGUUUUCGUGUAAAAAAAUUGGAUCC